AUGGCGGAUCGACCAAGCACCAAGUCACCGUCGCCGCUGCGGAAUGACGAAGGCCUGGUCUCUAAUCUUUCCUCUUACAGUACAUUGUCCGUGCAUGAUGCUAAAGUGCUAGCUGCAAGUUCCAUCGCGCCGCCCGGCCCCAAAUCCGGCCCUCCUUCUUCCCGGCCACCGGCCCAAAUCCCGCCCCACCUUCUUCCCCGGUGGCCGGCCCAAAUCCCGCCCACCUUCUUCCUCGACGGCAGCCUCAUCCCACCGCCAGCCUCCUUCCCCGGCCGUAGAUCCCCACCACCCGCACCCGGCAAAACCGAGGCGCCCAUCCCCGCGCUCGAAUCCCACCUCCACCGGCGCCGGGAGCUCCACACCACCCAGGCGCCGCCUCCCGUGAAACUACCAGCCCGGCGGCGCCCCUCCUCCCAGCUCGCGCGCCGGCCAUCUCCUGGGCGGAGCGAAGUGGGAGCCAAGACAGCCGAGCCAAGUCUCCUCUUCCUCUCUCGCGGCUCUUCCCCCAAAUCCAGCGAGCUCCCCGUCGGAAUUCGUCGCCGGAUCGAGCCAGGUACGAGAUCCUCUUCUGGUAUCUCAGGAUUAUACGCUCAGCAGUGCGAUCUCGCCGGUGUUUCGCCCGUCGAUUUUGACGCGGUCGUGAGGGUAGACCGCCAGACCGCCAGAUUGAGCCUCAAAAUCCCAUCCCAUGCAGCUGCCGCACCGCCCUCCCUUUCCCUGCCGUGCAACUCGCACGAUGUCACCCUGCUCCUCCACUUCAUCUCGACCGGAGUCGCCCCAGGACCGUUGAGCGGCAGGAUGCCAUGGCCAUCACGGGAGUCCACCAGAGCCCGCCCUGGGACUCCUCGCCCCAGUGAUGUUCCUCAUCGCUGCUCCGGACUCCAGUAG